ACUUGUAACCUUUUCUCCCCCUUUUCUUGAUUUUUCUUGACAGUGUCUUCCUUGACUCUUAAGCUUUUUUGCAAAAGAAAAAGGACACUUUAACAUUUUAAUGCUUUCCUCCUUAUAAACUUCCACGCCUUGUAUCCUAUAUCAUUUAGGUUUUUUUAAUCGCAAGCACCAAAACAUUCAACGACCAACCUCUGUGUUUAUAUAAAGCGCAGGUCCGUCUAUUUUUCUUCUUUAACACGCACUUGUACUAUUACCAACCACACAAACAACAACAAAAUUAUCAGCAAUGGACACUAACUGGUGCACUUUCUGCGGAACACACAUCGACUGUGCCGAUGACGCGCUCUACUGCAGCGAAGCUUGCCGCCACAACGACGGAGCUAGCCAAAUCAAUCCGCUGUCAAUAACCAGGACCUCGAGUAUCAGCAUCAAAACCAGCUCCCACAGCGAGUACUUCUCUCUCGCAUCGCCCUCGUCCUCGCCCCUGGCGUCAUCGCCUAAAUGGCUUCCACAGACACUGACCCGCGAGCGCACGCCCUCGUUGACACCAAUGACUGCUCUGGACUUGUCCGCCAGGCUUCCAUGCCACGCGCCGGCGUACUCUCCGUCACGCUCCCCGGUGUCGUCUAAUUUCUACCAGUCACCGUCCUUUGGCCCGAGCAUGACGGACAUCCGUGUCCGCAACAGCCCGGUUCCCUUCUCUCAGUUGUCGACCAUGUGAUUGUCUUUUUAAAAUCUCGGCUCCUUAAAAAAAGGUUACUCGUUGAGUUCUUGGAGUGUGGACACCAUCACUUCCUUCUGUAUUUCUUCCAUCGCCUGCAAACGCGGCCAAACAUUCAAGCAUGCAAGCAGCCAACAUCGCGCGCACAAACACGCGCACACAUAUUCAUGUACUCCGCAACAAACGCACUCGAGCUGACACAAGCAACAGCAAAAACAUAAAAACAUUAAUCAACAGUCAUUCAUUUUUUUAAUUUCCCCAAUUUUUUAAAGGAAACCACCCCCUAGCAGUUUUCUUUUUUCAGUUAGGAAAAAAAAGUGACACGAGGCGGAGAAAAGGGGGGAAAUACUGUGGCUUUUUUGUAUAUAAGCAUUAUUUUACAUUAUUUUCUAAAAUUGCAAAUAAAGAGAUGUAAUUGUUUCA